UAAGAUGAGAAACCGUGAUUUUGACAAGAAGAGGACAGAAGUGCAAGUCGCCGCGGACAUUAGGGAGAAACUCGCAUGGCUCUUGCCAAUGGCAGAAUCCACACUAAGCCUGUCUCAGCACCCUGGAAUGAUCGGAGAGUGUCUGCUAACUGGGAGUCCCGGUGAAAAUGAUCAUGUCAAGGUGCUAAAGAUUCAGACACUGUACCAUGCUGACAGACUGAAGACUGAAGGCUACAUCAAGGACAUGAUUAUGGACCUUGAUAUUCACAUAAAAGCCAGGGAGCUGAGGAUGGGGGAGCUCUUGGGGAGCAGCACUCUUGAUCAAUCAGCAAGUCAGGUGGUGGCAACCGGCUCGGCUAGCACUUGUACCGGCCGGCCCGCGAUUGAGUUUGACAGAAUGAUUGAUUAGAUUCUAGAUGUAGAGGUCCCUGUAAAUUCUGAUGCAGGAGUAGGAUUGCCUGAAAAUGGAGAGGGUUUAGCUGAGAACUGAGAUAAUGCACAAACUUUAGCUAAUAGCUACUUAGAUUUUAGAGACUAGACAAGGUUGGUUUAAUGUUUGCUCAACACUUGAGUUCAUGAAUCUGUGCUUCAGGAGCUCAGAUGUACAUUUGUGCAAAUGGUUGGAAGAGAGAAGAUUAAAGGGCUGAGCAGUU